UGGAGCGGCGUUAUACCAUUGUCAGAACUGUCCGCAAAUAUGUUGAUCACCUACCGAAUGUUUUUUGAUCGGCUGAUCAACUCUCAGAUUAAUUGGACACCAUACACGUCCCACAUUAUGGCAUUGCUUCCACAUCAAUGUCAUAACAGUCAAGCGAUGUGGACAUAUGUGGGUCCUAUGAUUUGCUUUCAUCUCGUUGAGAAGCAUCAAGCAGAUCGUGUAUUGCGACAGUUCCAUAUGCUACAAAUGCCACCAGAGUUUUGCUCCACAGAUCAGGGCCUACACCAAAUUGAUUUAAGAGGCAAGCACGAUCAAGAUUGGAGUAGGAUUCAUGCAGAGCAUAUAGCAAUGUGGCAUUCACGAAAUAAUUUUUGUGCCGAAGCAGAAGCAACACAGAAGCCGACAGUAUCAGAUAACUACUUUUCCUAGUACACGUCGAUUACCCGACGCUUCAUGACACCUGAUGGCGCUUACUGUUAUCGCAUGGUAAUAGUUUUAAUAUGAUUUAUAAAUUUAAUACAAGCAUGAACAUUUUUUAAUUAUAUUAUUUACAAUCGUUCAGAAUAAUCUUGUUGAAGACGUACGUCGA